AUGGCGGAGAAAAACAUAGAUGCCUUCGCCGCGAGGCUGGGCGAUGUGAACCUUGGUAGGAGAUACCUCCGCUCUUUCAUUGGGCAAGCCAUGGAGGUCCAGAAGAAAUACAACAUCGCAACAGAACUGCGGGACAACAUUGACAUUUUAUGCAAUGGCCCUACCUACCCGAUCUUUCUCAAGAAGCUCGUUCCAGUAUUCAUGAAGCUCCUUGAAGGUCCGCCUGUCUUCAUGAGCACGAACAUGGAACAUAGACUUCGGAAUUGCGUUCUGGAAAUUUUUCACCGACUGCCUAUGAGCCAUGUUGAAGCGCUCAAGCCGUACGCCACCGAUAUUGUGGAUCUCCUUAUGGGCUUGGUCCGGACGGAGAACGAGGACAACGCGAUAUUGUGCAUGAAGACCAUAAUGGACUUGGAGCGGCAUCAACCGGAGGCAACUGCGGCAAAGGUGCAGCCAUUCUUGGACCUCAUAUUGGAAAUGUUCCAGGCUAUGGAACAGGUGGUCAAGGAUACCUUUGAUGCCCCGGCGCAAGGUUCUUCGACUGGUACGACUCCGCACAACCCUCAGAACUUUCAAUCCCCACGCCCAGGGUCGCCAGCUGCUUCAGUAGGUGCGGAAUUGGGACUGGAGACCCAACAAGCUCGCCCGCUAUUGAAAGGAAUGCAGUCGUUCAAGGUUUUUGCGGAGUGCCCCAUCAUUGUUGUCUCGCUGUUCCAGGCCCAUCGUAACUGUGUGCCCGCCAACGUUAAGAAGUUCGUUCCUUGGAUUAAGAAAGUCCUUACACUACAAGCUAGUCCACAAGAGCGAGCGCAUACCGAGGCUAGCAAACGUGACGAGAUCUUCACAGGAGUUUGCAAGGACAUCAAGAACAGGGCUGCUUUUGGGGAGCUUAUUACAGCUCAGGUCAAAAUGAUGAGCUUUCUGGCCUACCUACUGCGGGUCUAUGUUCAGCAACUACAGGACUUUCUGCCGGUCCUGCCUGAUAUUGUUGUGCGACUGCUACGUGACUGCCCAAGCGAAAAGUCAUCUACAAGGAAAGAGCUACUAGUAGCCAUACGGCAUACCAUCAACUUCAACUUCCGCAAAAUCUUCCUCACCAAGAUAGAUGAUCUGCUAGACGAACGGACGCUCAUUGGCGAUGGUCUCACGGUCUAUGAAUCAAUGCGCCCUCUUGCUUACAGUCUACUUGCCGACCUCAUCCACCACAUUCGAGAAUCGCUAAGCCGGGACCAGAUUCGAAAGACGGUCAACGUGUUCUCCAAGAAUCUGCAUGAUAGUUUCCCGGGAACGAGCUUCCAGACAAUGAGCGCGAAGCUUCUUCUCAACCUGGCGGAUAGUAUUGCGGGUCUGCCGGACAAGAAGGAUGCUCGUCAUUUCCUGAUUAUGAUAUUAAGCGCCAUCGGAGACAAGUUUGCUGAUAUGAACCAUCAAUACCAGAACUCAGUGAAGCUAUCGAAGCAUUGCGAUCCGCAGUCGAUAGACGCCAUACCUGAAGACCACCUAGCGGACGCGAAGUCUCCCCCAGAUUGGGAUGAGGUUGACAUUUUCUCAGCUACGCCUAUCAAGAUGUCAAAUCCCAAAGAUCGUGGAGCCAUCCCUGUCGAGGACAACAAAUUUCUGUUCAAGAACCUCUUGACUGGACUAAAAGGCAUGUUCUACCAGCUCAAGAUCUGUAACCCCGAAGCUCCGGUUAUGGAUCCUGGCAACGCCCCUGCGAACUGGCAAGAGGUCUCACAUGGCUAUAAUGCAGAGGAAGUUGAAGUCAUCAAGAAAUUGUUCCGAGAAGGAGCUUACGUGUUCCGAUACUACAGCUUAGAGAAGCCUUUUGCCGAGGCGUCUUCUCCUGUGGAGUUUUUGACUACCAACUACGGCGUCCAGAGCGGUAAGGAAGAAAAGGAUCUCCUUGAGACCUUCGCGACCGUUUUUCAUAGCAUCGAUCCUGCAACCUUUCACGAAGUCUUCCAUUCUGAGAUACCCCUUCUCUACAGUAUGAUGUUCGAGCACCCGGCUUUACUCCAUGUUCCGCAAUUCUUCCUGGCCAGCGAGGCCACCUCGCCAGCUUUCGCAGGCAUGCUCCUUCAAUUCUUGAUGGAUCGGAUAGGAGAGGUUGGCACUUCAGACAUAAAGAAGUCGUCGAUCUUAUUGAGGAUGUUCAAGCUCUCGUUCAUGGCAGUAACGUUGUUCAACCAGCAGAACGAGCAGGUCCUGCUACCCCACGUGACCAAGAUUGUGACUCAGUCAAUCCAACUUUCCACAGCAGCGGAGGAGCCAAUGAACUACUUCUAUCUCUUAAGGUCCCUGUUCAGGAGCAUUGGUGGUGGACGAUUUGAGCUUCUCUACAAAGAGAUCUUGCCUUUACUGGAGAUGUUACUCGAGGUCCUGAACAAUCUUCUGCUGGCUGCGAGGAAACCGCAGGAGCGAGACCUUUACGUGGAACUAUGCUUGACCGUUCCAGCUCGCUUGAGCAACCUCUUGCCGCAUUUGAAUUUUCUUAUGCGACCUCUGGUGGUGGCUCUCCGAGCUGGCUCCGAUCUGGUUGGUCAAGGAUUGCGGACGUUGGAGCUUUGCGUCGACAAUCUCACAGCAGAGUAUUUGGACCCCAUCAUGGCGCCUUUUAUCGACGAAUUAAUGAUGGCAUUGUGGGAUCACCUGAAGCCAAAUCCCUAUAGCCACUUCCAUGCCCACACGACGAUGCGCAUACUGGGCAAACUUGGUGGUCGCAAUCGCAAAUUCCUUAAUGGUCCCCCGGACCUUACCUUUCAGCAAUUUGCAGACGAUUCAUGUUCCUUCGAUAUCAGGCUGGUGGGAUCGGGCAGGGACCGAUCUUUUCCUGCAAGUAUUGGCGUUGAUCUCGCCAUUGCGAAGCUAUCAGAAGUCCCAAAAUCACCACCUACGAAGAAAGCAGAUCCCUACUACAAGCAACAGGCCCUCAGAUUGAUAAGUGCGCAACUGAAGAUACAUAUAGGUUUCGACAGCUUGCCAGACGACUUUGCGCAGCUCGUACGACUACAAGCUAUUGAUCUACUGGAGGCCAAAUACGACGCGACACCCGACAUUCUGCAAAUGGCGGAUCGUGAGAAGUCUAUUCCCAAGAGAGACUCUCAACAAGAGACAUUGAAAAGGCUGCUGAAAGCUCUGAUGCUUGCAACAACAUUGCCAGAUCUUCAAGGCACGGCCUCCUUAUUACUUACCGACGUCUGCCGCCACUUUACGAUUCUUGAAGUUGGAAGAGCGCUAGCCCACAUAAAGCAAUCGAACAAGGACUUCGAUGUAAAGUCUGGCGAAGGUCUCUUGUGUCUCGACAGCCGUGUGCUAGCUGAUGCCAUUGCCGAACAAUUGUCGUCGGAUAAGGCCACUCUGAGAGAAGCAGCCGAAUCCUCUAUAUUGAUAGUACACGAGGCCGCAGCAACCAUUCUCGGAGGUCCAGAGCGGGUGGAACGACUGCCAUUCUUCUUGUACCUGGCAAAGACUUUCAGUCACAAGUGCUAUGAGGAAGACUGGUUCGUCAAAGCUGGAGGGGGCCUUGGAAUUAACAUACUCACAACAAAGAUAAACCUUGGCGAUGACUGGACAAAGGGCAGGCAACUUGAAUUUAUUCGGGCUCUCAUGUAUGUCAUGAAGGAUAUGCCUCAGGAUUUGCCGGCCAAUACGCGCGGUCAAGCAUUGAAGACUGUCGACAUCUUGCUACGCAGGUGCAACAAGGGAAUUUCCAAAGAAGAUCUAAACAACCACUCGAGCCCGCUCAUUCAUCUCUGCGCGUUCUUUGUGACCGAGCUCAUGCACAUGAACAAGCACGUCCGUGAAGCUGCUCGCAAAGCUCUUUCCAUCAUCGCCCAGGUCAUCGGUACAGAGGUCCACGAGCUCAUAGCCCCCGUCAAGGAUAGACUACUGCAGCCGAUCUACCUAAAGCCGCUCCGAGCUUUGUCUUUCGCUACUCAGAUAGGAUUCAUCGAUGCGAUAUCGUAUUGUUUGGGACUACAGCGGAAUCUAGUCGAAUUCAAUGAGAUGCUAAACAGGCUUCUGACCGAGACAAUGGCUUUGGCUGAUGCUGAAGACGAUAAUCUCGCUUCAAAACCAGCAGAAUACAAGACUGCUGAAUCUCUCGUAGCCCUUCGGGUAUCCUGCAUCCGACUCCUGACACUUGCCAUUGGCUUCUCGGAAUUUGCAGGGCAGCAGCAGACCCAGAGCCGGAGUCGGAUCAUCACGAUUUUCUUCAAAUCUCUGUACUCGAGCUCUCCUGAAGUCAUUGACGCUGCCAAUGCUGGUCUAAAGGGCGUCCUGUCCCAGACAAACAAAUUGCCGAAAGAUCUCUUGCAAAAUGGUUUGCGACCUAUCCUUAUGAAUCUGCAAGACCCGAAGAAACUCAGUGUGCAAGGGCUCGAUGGACUUGCCAGACUCCUGGCUCUGUUGACCAAUUAUUUCAAGACCGAGAUAGGCGAAAAGUUGCUCGCUCACAUGACUGUCAUUGCUGACGCACCAGUCCUACAGAAGUCAUCUUUCUCUCUUAUUGAACAGAAUCCUCAGAUGAAGGUCGUCAUUGCCACUCUCAACAUCUUCCAUCUAUUGCCGUCUACUGCCGCGCUUUUCAUGAAGGACAUGAUAGAAAGAGUGCUUGAUUUGGAGAAAUCACUUCGGAGGACCCACUUCAGUCCAUUCAGGGAGCCUCUUCUCAAGUAUGUCAAUCGUUACCCGAAAGAAGCUUGGGAUUUCUUUUCCGAAAAGUUAUCCGAAAUGAAGUACGGCCGUUUCUUUGCUCAGCUUCUUGCUUCACAGCGAAGCGGACCUCUGCGCGAAGUCCUCAUCGGAGAUAGUGAGGGACUGGCGAAGGCUUCAUUUGACCUCGAAGAUGCAGAAAAGAAGGAUGCUGCUUCUAUUAAUGCCAUUCACGCAAUACAUUCACUGGUUCAACACACAUCUGCUUGGCUUGCUGAUAAGGAGUCACUACGUCAGACCCUAAUGCGGGUUGGCAAAGAUCUCAAUCAGAAGAGAAAGAUGGACACAAUUCAUCCAGACCUACGUUUAGCAGCUGACCAGGCUGCUGAGCAGCUGAUGGAGAUUUUCGUGCAAUUUCUUGGACUGGCUCCCAAAGACUUCGACUUUUUAUUCCAGCUCAUCGACGCGGUAACCAUGGAAGAGAUCAAGGAACAGCCAUCGCUCUAUGCGUUCAUCUACAGUCAUAUCAUCUCCAAUGCUUCUGUCGACUACUGGCGAAGCCUUGUCAUGCGCAGCCUUGAGCUUUACAGUCUCCGUGGGUCGUCUCAGAGAACAAAGACUUUCGCGUUCCGAUAUCUCGUCAACCCAAUUUUCGCCAUGGACACCAUGAGAAGCCUGACAGAGACUGCUAGUUCGUUUCCAACACGUCGCCUCAUCGAUAAGAGUAUUGUUGACGCGAUUCACAACAAGAUCUGGAAGCCACCAGUACUGAAUGACGCCAAUGAAGACAAUCCACAGCCAGGCGCCGAUCAUUCGCGGUUGGAGCUCCUGCAGAUGUCAGCGCUGCUCUUGAAAUGGCACCACAGCCUUGUUUCCGAAGCGCGCAAAGAUAUAAUCAAGUUCGGCUGGAGCUAUAUUAAACUUGAGGAUAUUAUCAAUAAGCACGCAGCGUAUGUGCUCAUUGGUUUCUUCAUCGCGCAAUUUGAAACCCCCCCAAAGAUCACCCAGCAAAUAUACGUCGCUUGUCUAAAGGCACAUCAAAACGAAGGUCGCGCUCUUGUAGUCCAAGCUCUAGACUUGAUUGCUCCAGUCCUCCCGAAGCGUCUCAACGCACAAAGCGAUCCGCGAUAUCCCAUGUGGGCGAAGUGGCCUAAACGAAUACUGUCAGAGGAGAGCUCCAAUCUUCAACAACUGAUCGGUAUUUUCCAAUUCAUGGUUCGACAUCCCAGCUUGUUCUAUGAAGCCAGAGAGCAUUUUAUCCCGACCAUCAUUCCUUCGCUGUCGAAGAUCGCACAACUGCCAAACCCAUCAAACGAGCACAAGAAGCUCGUCCUCAAUCUGAUUCACAUGAUACUGGAAUGGGAGAAACGCCGAGUCCAAGCCGGAGACCGUCCAGGUUCUCAGUCAUCCGAGUCUUCGCCCGCGAAGAAGCGCAAGCUUGAGCUGCCGAACGGUGGUUCUGCGUCGCCAGCGCCGAGCUUGGGGCCUCCAUCAAAUGUUGAACGAAGCGAGUAUCAAAUUCCAACACCACUUCGGACGAUGCUCAUCAAGUACCUCACGCAGUUCAUCAGUAGUCUCCCAGAGCGGUAUCCCGUGCCCAGUGUCAAACUAAGGGAUCUCCACUCUACUACUCCCCAGAUACCUUUGCCUCCAAAUGAGAUGUGCAGAAAGGCCAUUGGCCUCUUCCAUGAUCUUCUAUUACCUGAGUACUGGUCUGACUUGGAGGUUGAUCUUUUUCCAAGGACGUCAGAGCAGAUAUUGGCUUCUGAGAAGACGGACAAGGGCGAUGACAAAACGGCCACAAGCAUCGUCAACACGCUCCAGGUCUUGCGCAUUGUGCUGAACAUCAAAUCGGAUGAGUGGAUCGUGGCACAGCUGCCCCAGAUACAGAAAUUGCUCGAAAAACCGAGCAAAAUGGACAAUCCCGAGAUACAAGACUGUCUACACACCAGUGACAGAGUCCUUGACGGCGACCGGCAGAUUCGGCCAAUGGCACAGCGGAUCAUUGAGGCUUUGCCAGAGGAGACGAGAGAAGAGGACGACAUGGAAAUUGACACGCCAGCUAAAGACUUCAUGAGCUUCAUAUCCUCUGUCGCAACGGCGACCAUGGGCGAGGGCAACCUUGUUGCAAGCAUCAACAUCUUCGAAACCAUAGCAAGAGUCAGACCCAAGGAGAUCGAAACCCACAUUCCUCAUAUCAUGCGAGCGCUGUCAACGAAGCUUGCCAAAGACCAAGUUGCUCAACCUGUAGUUCCACCAGGCAUGCAGCCAGGAAUGCGGCCUGGUGAAGGUCAGCCAGGCGCACUUGAUGAGCGAGAGAUGGAGUUGUCCAGCCAGUUGAUCUUGAAAACAAUUUGGAUCAUAUCCUCGAGGAUGGCAACCCUUGCGGAUCAAAGACGACCGUUUCUCAGCGUGCUAGCCCAACUAGUAGAGCGAUCGCAGAACACCAAGUUGUGUGAAAGAAUCCUGCAGAUGGUGGAGACAUGGAUAUUCGACUCGAGCGAUCCCUGGCCAACCUUGAAGGAGAAGACGGCAGUGCUUCACAAAAUGCUGCUCUUCGAGGCACGUCCAGAUCCGACGCUGUUGCAUAAAUUCUUGGACCUAGUUAUUCGAAUCUACGAGGACCCGAAGAUCACUAGAACCGAAUUAACAGUAAGACUCGAGCAUGCAUUUCUGAUUGGAACACGGGCGCAAGAUGUCGACAUGCGAAAUCGGUUCAUGACCAUCUUUGACCGAAGUCUGACGAAGACUGCAAGUGCCCGACUCAUCUACGUGCUCACCUCGCAGAACUGGGACACUCUGUCUGAGAGCUUCUGGCUUAGUCAAGCACUCCAGCUGAUUUUCGGCGCCAUCGACAUGAACACUACGGUUCAAUUACAUUCAGAAGACUUCAAGAUGAUGCCACCGGUUCACCUCUUCCCUGUCUCCGGCAACGAGUCUCGAAAGGAUGAUCUCAUGCUUGACGAUAAAUUCGAGGACUUCAUGGCGUCUCACAGACGUUUCUAUUCCGAUCUUGGAGAUGUGAAAGCUCGUGACAUCCUUGAGCCCCUCUGCCAGCUGCAACACACUGAUUCAGUUGUCGCCUACGAACUGUGGAUUGCAAUAUUCCCCCUAUGUUGGUCCUUGUUGUCCCGAGACGACCGAGGCGAGCUCGAAAAAGGCAUGGUAGCCCUCCUAACGAAGGACUACCAUCAACGUCAAGUCGACCGGCGGCCAAAUGUUGUGCAGGCUCUUCUGGAGGGAAGUGUUCGAGCUAAGCCGAAAUGCAAGAUACCACCUCAUGUUAUGAAAUUCCUUAGCAAAACAUACGAUGCCUGGUACAUCGCUGCAAUGUCGCUCGAGGAGCAAGUCAUGGUUUCACCCAUCGAUACCCCUACCGUUCGUGAGAGUAACUCAGACGCAUUAAUUGAAGUAUAUGCCGGUCUUCAAGAGGACGACUUCUUUUAUGGAACAUGGCGACGUCGAUCCAGAUUUGUAGAGACCAUAGCAGCCCUCUCGUACGAACAAAAUGGCAUGUGGGAUAAGGCUCAACAGUUGUACGAGGCUGCGCAGAUAAAAGCACGCACGGGAGCACAUUCAUAUUCUCAGGGCGAGUACAUGCUUUGGGAAGACCACUGGAUUUUAUGCGCGCAAAAGCUUCAGCAGUGGGAAAUAUUGUAUGAUUUCGCCAAGCACGAGAAUUUCAACGAUCUCUUACUGGAAGCUUCAUGGAGACACCUUGACACUUGGACCGGCCAAGAGAAUAUGGAACAGCUCAGCUCGAUCAUCAAAGCCGUGUCUGAUGCCCCAACACCACGAAGAACCUUCUUCCAAGCAUUCAUGUCCUUGCUCAAAUUCCACGAGAAACAGGAGCCGCCUCAAGAAUUCAGCCGCAUCUGCGACGAAUCCAUACAGCUUUCCAUUCGAAAGUGGCAUGGCCUUCCAAAGCGUAUCACCAAUGCACAUAUUCCGAUCUUGCAGAACUUCCAGCAGUUAGUUGAACUUCACGACGCCAAUGUCAUCUGCAUCAGUCUUUCGCAGACCACACAGGCCAAUCUCGAUGGCAAAUCACAGGAGCUGAAGCUUCUGCUCGGUACAUGGCGGGAUCGACUGCCAAACGUUUGGGACGACAUCAAUGCCUGGCAGGAUCUGGUGACCUGGCGACAGCAUAUUUUCGCUCUCAUUAAUCGAACAUAUCUGGGCCUUCUGGGACCUCAACAGACCAACGCCACAGGUAAUUCCUAUGCAUACCGAGGAUAUCACGAAACUGCUUGGAUCAUCAACCGCUUUGCGCAUGUAGCUCGAAAGCACCAACUGCCAGAGGUGUGCCUCGCCCAGUUAGGUAAGAUCUACACGCUGCCCAACAUCGAGAUCCAGGAAGCCUUUUUGAAGUUGCGGGAGCAAGCCAAAUGCCACUACCAGAAUCGCAACGAGUUGCACAGUGGUCUCGACGUCAUCAACAACACGAAUCUAAACUACUUUGGUCAACAACAGAAAGCCGAGUUUUUCACUUUAAAAGGCAUGUUUCUAGCGAAGCUCCAACAAAAGGAUGAAGCCAAUGAUGCGUUUGGUACCGCGUUAUACUACGAUAUUCGAUUACCAAAGGCUUGGGCUGAGUGGGGCUACUACAAUGACAUGAUGUUCAAGGAAGAGCCCACGAACAUGGAACGGGCUGCCAAUGCUAUGAGUUGCUACCUGGAAGCCGCCGGUCUGUACAAGAACGCCAAAUCACGAAAAUUGCUGAGCCGCAUCUUGUGGCUUCUAAGCAUUGACAACCCCGAGAACCGGAUAUCGCAAGCCUUCGAGGAGUUCAAAGGCGAUACCCCAGUGUGGUACUGGAUCACAUUCAUACCGCAGUUGCUUACAAGCCUUGGUCACCGUGAGGCUACCCUCGUCCGCAACGUACUGACAAAGAUCGCGAGGGCCUACCCGCAGUCCUUGUAUUUCUUGUUGAGAACGACUCGAGAGGAUAUGGUGCAGAUCAAAAAGCAACAAGAGCAGAGGCAAGAGAAGAUGAGCAGGGCCAAACAGCAACAACAAUCUCCCAACGUCAAGCACGAUCACGCUACGCCUUCUGACCGACAGGGCAGCUCAUCGCGUCCAGGUACAUCAAACGGAGAACCACUUCCAAACGGUGAGGUUAAUGGGGCAGAGCCAAAGCCAGAGCCGAAUGGAGAUGGUCCAGCAGCUCCUGAUGCAGAGCCUGAGGCCACGCCAAAGAAGCCAUGGGAACAUUCCGAUGAGAUUAUGUCUGUAUUGAAGACUACGUUCCCUUUGCUCGCGCUCUCGAUGGAGACCAUGGUGGACCAGAUACAGAAACAUUUCAAGUGUCCACCUGAUGAGGAUGCUUAUAGGCUCAUCGUCGCCUUGCUUAAUGAUGGCUUAUCUUACAUCGGACGUAACCCAAGUGCAUACGCCCAAGACUUUAAAUUACCCCCAGCCACAGAAGCGAACAUCCGCAAAUUCGCUGAGACCAUUCUACCCCCUCACAUCCGAAGCUCGUUCGAGGAGGACUUUGUUGCAAAGAAGCCCACCAUGUACGAGUACAUUCACAAGCUGCGGAAAUGGAGGGACAAGUUCGAAGAAAAGCUUGAUCGUCGACCUCAAUCAGUUAGUCUGGAGACAUACAGCAUCCCACUGAGCGAAUUCAGAUUUCAGAAAUUCGAUGAGGUUGAAGUGCCAGGGCAAUACCUGCAGCACCGCGAUAAGAAUCAGGACUUCGUCAGGAUAGAGCGAUUUUUGCCCAAUGUCGAGCUUGUACGUACCGUCGGCUUUUCACAUCGGCGGUUGAAGAUACGAGGUCAGGAUGGGAGUACACAUCCUUUCGCUGUACAGCAUCCAGCCGCUAGACACAGUAGGAGAGAAGAGCGGAUCCUACAACUCUUCCGGAUCUUCAACGGCACUUUAUCGAAGAGAAAAGAAAGUCGACGACGCAACCUUAACUUCUACCUCCCUCUCAUGGUCCCGUUCUCACCUUCACUUCGAUUAGUACAGGACGACCCUUCUUAUAUUUCACUUCAGGGAGUCUACGAAGACCAUUGUAGGCGCAAUAGCCAGAACAAGGACGAUCCCAUUCUCUUCACUAUGGAAAAGCUUCGGCCCGCGGCGCCAAACCAAAUGGAUCAAGGCCAAAGUCAUUCCCUCCGCACGGAAACUUUCACGGCUAUCCAGAGCAAAUGGGUCUCCAACGACAUCGCACUCAGCUACUUCCAAGCGACCUAUCCCUCCUAUUCCGACUUCUUCCUCUUCCGCCGCCAGUUCUCGUACCAGCUCGCUGCUCUCACGUUCAUGACCUACAUCAUGCACAUGACUGGCCGCUUCCCCCACAAGCUCUCCAUCUCGCGUGCGACGGGCAAUGUAUGGGGUUCGGAGCUCAUACCAUCCAUGAUGUCGCACAAGCCCCACUUCUUCAACUCGGAGCCCGUGCCUUUCCGGCUGACACCCAACCUUCAAAAACUCAUGGGCCCACUGGCAACUGAGGGACUCUUCUCGCCUGCCAUCAUGGCAAUCGCGCGUUGCCUCACGGAACCUGAAAGUGGCAGCGAACUCGAGCAACAGCUGUCCAUCUUCGUGCGGGAUGAAAUGAUCUUCUGGUUCACGCAGCAGCAUAAAAAUAUCCUGGCGGAAGGGGCGCUGAGGGAGACGACGGUGCAGAAUUGCGAGCUGGUAGUGAAGAAGGCGGUGAGCCUUGCGAGACCGCCAGAUGGGGUGUUGCCGGCGAAUCAGACGGUUGUAGAUUUGGUGGCCAGGGCGGUGAAUCCGGCGGCGUUGGCAAUAACCGAUGCGCUGUGGAUGGGGUAUCUGUGA